AUGAGAGAGCGAGCGGGGAGGCUGGAGAAGGCUGCCCGUCCUGCUGCUGUUGCUGCUGCAGCACCCCCGCGGCCACCGCUGCUGCCCCGCCGUCCCCCGCCCGCUCCAUGGAGGCUCUGAACGGACCUGGACACAAUCCCGGUCCCGGUCCGGGACCCGGCGAUGCUCUGCGACAUCCUUCUUCUCCUUCACCCGGCCACCACCACCCGCACGCCGAGAAGAAGAGGCUGCACCGCGCUCCUUCGCCCGCCAGACCCUUCCUCAAGGAUCUCCACACCCGCUCCGCCGCCGCCACCGCUGCCAAGCCGCCGCCCGCACCCCCCAAAUCCCCCGGCCUCUCCAGCCGGCCUCCUCCAUCACCGCACCCGGGAGCCCACCCGCCGACCGCGGGGCUCCUGGCAGCACCGGGCCGCCUCUCCCGCCGCCCCACCGCCCCAGGGGGCAAGGUCGCCGCCGCCGCUGGCACCGCCGCGGGCAGGGCGGGUGCCAAGGCCUCCCCCUGCGCUAAGAGGGCGGCCCGCGGUCCAGAGCUGGGCCCCGGUGGUCGCGGUGGGGGAAGGCAGCCCGGUAGCGAAGGGGCCCCGCCGCCCGGUAAGGGUAAGAAGGGGAAGCGGGUCUCGGCGGCAGCGGGCAGCGGCCAUGCGGCGGCGGCUCUGGCCCGCGUGGGCCACACGGACAGCAGCUCCGACCUGUCUGACUGCCCCUCCGAGCCGCUUUCCGACGAGCAGCGCCUGGCCCCGGCAGCCAGCAGCGACGCCGAGUCCGCUACCGGCUCCAGCGACCGCGAACGGGAAGCGCCCGCCGCACAACCCGCCUCCGAGCCAACCGGCACCGGGCGUGGGGCUCCGCCGCUUCCCGGGACCCGCGGGGAUCCGCUGCCCGUGGCCCCGGGUGGGGGGGGAGCGUCGAGCCGCGGGGAACCGGCAGCGGCGGCAGCCCCGGAGGAGCUGCAGCGUGAAGUGGAGGAGCUGCGCUCUGAGAAUGAGUACCUCAAGGAUGAGCUGGAUGAACUUCGGGCUGAGAUGGAAGAAAUGCGUGACAGCUAUUUAGAAGAAGAUGUUUACCAGCUGCAGGAGCUGCGGCGAGAACUGGACCGGGCAAACAAGAAUUGCCGCAUUCUGCAAUAUCGUCUCAGGAAAGCGGAACAGAAGAGCUUGAAAGUUGCACAAACAGGCCACGUGGAUGGAGAGCUCAUUAGGAGCCUGGAACAAGAUUUAAAGGUAGCCAAAGAUGUUUCUGUCAGACUGCACCAUGAGCUGGAGAGUGUGGAGGAGAAACGCGUUAAAGCAGAAGAUGAAAACGAAGUCCUGCGGCAGCAGAUCAUUGAGGUGGAAGUAUCCAAGCAGACGCUGCAAAAUGAGCUGGACAAGUUAAAAGAGAGUUCCCUGAAGAGAAGAGGCAGCAGAGAGAUACACAAAGAAAAAAAGACAUUUACCCAGGAGGACAGUGCUGAUUUGAAGUGCCAGCUCCAGUUUGCCAAAGAGGAGGCAGCAUUGAUGCGUAAGAAGAUGGCUAAACUGGGGAGGGAGAAAGAUGAACUGGAGCAGGAGCUCCAGAAGUACAAGUCCAUCUAUGGAGAUGUGGACAGUCCCCUGCCUACUGGGGAGGCAGGUGGACCACCCAGCACCAGGGAGGCUGAGCUGAAGCUUCGUUUGAAGCUGGUGGAGGAGGAAGCCAACAUACUGGGCAGAAAAAUCGUGGAACUGGAGGUGGAGAACAGGGGGAUUAAAGCUGAGAUGGAGGAUAUGAGGUGCCAGUAUGAAAAAGAGUGUCUCAGCAGGGACCACAUUUCAAGCAUUCCUACCUCGCCCUAUGGUGACUCCGUGGAGUCAGCCACAGAGCUGCGCCGGCACCUGCAGUUUGUGGAAGAGGAAGCAGAGCUACUGCGGAGGUCGAUCUCCGAAAUUGAGGAUCACAACAAGCAGCUAACCAACGAGCUGAACAAAUUCAAGUUCGAGCCAGGCCAGGAGCCGGGUUGGUUGGAUGAGACGGCGUCCAAGUGUGGUGGGACCUUGCAAGAGGAGCUGAAGUCAGCUAGGUUGCAAAUCAACGAGCUGAGUGGGAAAGUGAUGAAGCUCCAGUAUGAGAACAGGGUCCUGAUGUCCAAUGUCCAGCGUUAUGAUCUUGCCUCUCACCUGGGCCUGCGCACUUCCAGCCCUAGGGACAGUGAUGCUGACAGCGAUGCUGGGAAGAAGGAGAGUGAUAGCGAAGAGGGUCGUCCACCUCAGCCAAAGAGAGAGGGGCCCAUCGGGGGUGAGAGUGACUCUGAAGAUGUUUAUGAGAAGACAUCAGGUUUUGGGAGUGGGAAACCAUCAGAAGUCAGCGACCUGUGUUCCGCUGAGCUCAUCAGAGUGAAAGAGGACACCGAGUCACUGAUUAACAUCAAACGCGAGGCAGAGCGGCUCGAAAGGACCGUGGAGCGCCUUAUCACCGACACGGACAGCUUGAUUUAUGAUGCCAAGGUGCAUGUAACCAGCAGCCCAUCCACCCAGCAGGACCUCAGAAGUGGUGAAGAAAGAGAAGGCAAAUAUGAACCAGAGCUUCUGGACACGGUCAACACCAGGAUGAAAGCUUUCCGGAAGGAGCUACAGACCUUCUUGGAGAAGGUUGAACACAUUGGAGAGGGCCUUAAGGAGCAGAUGGAGGACCUUUCCCCUCUUCCACAUCUCACGGAGUCUUCCAGUUUUCUAUCCACGAUGACAUCCAUGUCCCGAGACUCUCCCAUUGGUAACCUGGGGAAGGACUUAAUCACCGACUUCCAGUCCAAACUGAGGGAUCAGAUGGCGUGGCAGCUCAAACAAGAUCGUGGAGAGGAGCAAGAGAUUCACCAGCAGCGAGCCACCACCGACCCACACCGCAGAGCUGAUGGAGACAUUAAACUCUACAGGCCAGGAGACAAGGGCUGUUUCAGUCUAGAGAAUAUAUCGAUACAGGAGCUUCAGGCUCAGCUUGAGCAGGAGACGAGACUUCACCGAGAGGAGCAAGAAAAGUUUACAGAGAGGAUCAUCCAGCUGGAGGAGGAGCAUUUGCAGACCCUGCGGAGGAAAGACUUGGAAGUGCAGAGUUUGACUUUGCAGAACAAACUGGAGGAAAAGACCUGGAGCCAGGAGAAAAACCUUUUGCAGCAAGAACUCAGGCAUUUCAAGCAGGACACCUUUUUCCUGUAUGUCAAACUGAAGUGGCUACUAAAACACUGGCGGCAAGGCAAGCGAAUGGAGGAGGAAGGGGAUGGCACGCUAGAGACUGAGCACCCCGAGACCCUCUCAGACUUUGGUGUUCCGUCUGAGCAGAAGGCAGAUGAUGCAGAGCGAGAUGAGGAGGAAGAGGAUGUUGUGUUUCCACUGACAGAUUUCUCCCAGCGUCCCACCACAGAAAGCACUGAUCACGGACCACCACUACAGACUGCAGAGCUACUGCAGCAGCAGAAGCAGGCGAGUGAGAAUCGGAAGCUGCUGAACGCUCUGAAGGCUCUGCUGGAUGAGUUCCGCUCGGAGCUGCGGGAUGAGGAGCGCGAGCGCCAGGGCCGCCAGCAGCAGUAUGCCUUGCACAAGGCAGCCUGGGAGGUGGAAAUGACUGAGCUGAAGUGUCACCUCCAACAGCUGGAAGGAAAGAGUGAGAACACCUUGGGAGAAACAGGCCUCACUUCCGACGCAAAGGGAGCCUUUAAAAGGGAGAGAGAGGAGCACAAGAAACUUCUGGCUGAGAGUCAUGGUGUAGUGAUGGACCUUCGCUGGCAAAUCCAGCACAAUGAGAAGAACUGGAACCGGGAGAAGGUGGAGCUCCUGGACAGGCUUGACAGAGACCGGCAAGAAUGGGAGCGUCAGAAGAAGGAGCUGCUCAGGCGGAUAGAGCAGCUUCAGAAAGAAGUGAGCCCACGAAGAGGCGGUGGUUUUCUGUGUGACCAGAAGGAGAAUAACCAUCGUCCAUUCACAACCCAGGGGAACCUCCACGUGCCUCGUCUGAUGAGCUCAAGAUCCUACUCUGAUUCAGACACCAUUCAGUUUGAUGACAGGUCACUGUCCAAGCUAAAGGAGAGUGAUAGGUGCAGUGCCACAGAGAACCUCUUCCUGGAGUCACUGUCUCUCAAUUCCCCUGAUGAGUCUGACGAGCACCGGUCCCGGCAGCCGGAGCGGGAGAAAUUCCUGACCGGAUUAAUGGAGGAGGAAGACACACACAAAGGAAACCUUCAAAGGGCGAUGUCUGUCUCUUCCAUGUCGGAAUUUCAGCGCCUGAUGGAUAUUUCUCCAUUUCUACCAGAAAAAAACUUGCCUUUGUCCAGCAGCAAAGAUGACAUAACCCCUCCCCUGUCUCCUGAUGAUCUGAAAUACAUUGAGGAGUUCAACAAAAACUGGGAUUACAGUAACACUAGGAACCAUGGUGGGGCCACUGAGAAGCCUGCAGAAGGCUGGGCAGAAAGGACAGAAAUGGGGAAAGCCAGCAACGAUCCUCCUUCAGAUCCCUUUCAGGCCUCAUCAUGGUACCUCACCACCAGUGGCACCAUGACAACUAACACCAUGACCAGCCCGGAGCACUGCCAGAAGCAGCCAACAAGGAGUCACGGUGUAACUGACAAAAUGGGGGUUCGGGUCUUCCACAGCCCCCCGGUUGUGCGCAGGUUUGAUAACUCGGUGAUAGCUGGCAGUGAAGGGAAGAACCAGGCCGAGACAGAUUUCCUGUUCUCUGUGACCAAAGCUAUGGGGAAUGUCACUGAGACAAAAGGUGCUUCCUCAGAUAUGUUUGGGAGAUGGUCGUGUGACCUGGCCAAACACCACAAGGAUUUUCUGGAGGGUGGUCUUCAUCCUAUUGAGCGUCCUCUUUGCACUACUGUGGGUUUCGCCUCCCCCUUGCACAGCUUGGAGAUGUCCAAAAACAUGAGUGAUGACAUGAAGGAGGUAGCUUUCUCUGUCCGUAACGCCAUCCGCUCCAACUCGAGCUCAGCAGAGCCUCAGUUCAAGGACACCGCCUGUCAAACCAACGGGAUGAGGACGACAGGGACGCAGACCACCCAGACGAUCAGCGUCGGCCUGCAGACCGAAACCCUGCGCAGCAUCACCAGCAGUCCACACAAGUGUCUGACACCAAAGGGGGGGUCCACGCCUGUCUCGUCACCAUCCAGAAGCCUAAGGAGCAGGCAAGUGACCCCCGUCAUCGAAAAGGUCCAGGCUAAGUUUGAACGCACAUGCUGCUCCCCCAAAUACGGCUCUCCAAAGCUGCAGAGAAAAGCCCUUCCCAAAUCAGACCAGCCCAACAACCGGGCUUUGCCUGGCACACCUCAGAAAGGAUUCAGUGAGUCUGCUUGGGCUAGGUCAACCACUACAAGGGAGAGCCCUGUCCACACCACCAUCAACGAUGGCCUCUCCAGUUUGUUCAACAUCAUCGACCAUAGCCCCAUCUUUCACGACACCUUUCAAAAAUGCCCCAGGUCUAGCAGCCGGUCCAGGUCAGCAGAACCCAGACCAGAACUGAGCUCGUUGCAGGAGCCAUGUCCAAACACCCGUGGCAGGUCACCCAGUCCUCUCCGGUUGGGAACAGAGGCACAAAAGGAAGAUGGGACUGAGGUGACGAGUAUCAGGCAGGACUUAUCCGCUCCUCCAGGCUAUACGCUCACAGAAAAUGCUGCCAGGAUCUUGAAUAAGAAACUUUUGGAGCAUGCCUUAAAGGAAGAGAGAAGGCUACCUUCACACAGCCCACCAAAUCUUAGCAAUGACAACAGCACAGGAGAAACUGUCAAAGUAGAUCCAGGGUCCAUAGAGGAACUACCUUGUUCUGCACUAGCCCCAUCCCUCCAACCCUGCUUCUCCCGGCCAGAGAGACCAGCGAACCGUCGCCCACCGUCGCGAUGGGCUUCACAUUCCCCUACUGCCUCACAGUCACAGUCCACCGGAGACCUGACUUCCUUGGAGGAGAGUGGAAGCAAGGAGCCAUGGGCAGAGACCGCCAGCCAGGGAGGCGAGCCAGCCUAAAUCCAUAGAGGAACAGCAGGGCUACGACUCGCCUCGGCCAGGUCACCUGCCAGCUGUGUCUGCCACCCAGGAGAGAGGUCCGCUCAGAGAGGUCCAAGAAUGUUCUCAGAUACAGCUGCUGAAUGUCCAACCUGGGAAACAAGAGGUGUUUCUAGAAUGAAACAGUUAAUGUGCCUGUAAUAACUUAAUUAAUUUUUUUUUUUCAUAGCCGAGAAAACUAUUUUUGUCUCCAUCUUUUCUACAUACAGUAUAUUAACAACGAAAAAAUACAAA